UUAAAAACCUUGGGUUUGAUUUUUCAUCUAUUUUCGUUCUAUACGUCAAAAAGUGUAGUGCAUUACGAAUUUUGUGAUAUAAGUUCGAGAUUUUUUCGUUAAUUUGGCUCUGUAGUGAAGAGGAGGCAAUGAAUUAUCAUAUGGGAAAAUAAUGACAAUAUCAAUGAAAGAACAAGAACAGAUGCCCGGGGAGAUGACAUUCCCCGAGGCAAAGUUAAAGGCACUGGAGGAGAAGAUCUCCCACCCAAGAUGGGUUGUGCCUGUCCUACCAGAGCAGGAGCUGGAGGCAUUGCUGAUAGCUGCCACUGACCUUGCAGCUAAAGGGGAGGAUGUGAACAACCCAGCCUGUCAGCGGUUUUACAGCGACGCUCUGACAGUAUCAUUCACGAAGAUCCUGACAGACGACGCGGUGUCGUCAUGGAAGAACAACAUCCAGCAGUGCGUGCGCUCCAACUGCGAGAAACUGGUCAAGCUGUGUGCUAUCAAAUUAGACGACCCCCGAUUUUUGCAUUUACUCUCCAUGGCUUUCAAUCCCAAUAACAAAUUCCACACUUUCAAUGCGUCGCGAACAAGCGAGGGUCUAUCAGUAACAGCCAACCCCACGCCGGCGGGGCAGGGUUCCACGCAGGAGGCGGAAGUGUUCGCCAAAUCGCAGGACCACCGUACGCCCCGGGGGUGGUUGGUUCAUCUUAUCAAUGUAUUUGGUCAGGCUGGUGGAUUUAUACGAUUGAGAGUACGAUUCGACGCAAUUAUGGGAUUUCAAAAACCAGACUUAACAACAUCUGUGAAUUCUGAAGAAAAAGUCACUAAUGAGAUCACAGAAAAAGUGUCUGAAGAAAACAAAGUAAACAGUGUCGAUAGUACAGACAGUGUGCAAGUGAUUGCUGAAAGUAGUGAUUGUUCAACCCUGACGCGAAGUGAGCAGCCGUCUUCGCUAGAACAGUCGACGAGCGGUGAAACCCGAGUGGCAGCCGUAUGGCAACUGCUCAGGCCUCUGGGCCUCUGUCACGACCUCCUUACACCGCAUUGCGUCACUACAUAUCUUCUACCUGUACUGGAAUGUAUUCCAACUCUUCUUGAAAGUCUAACUGAUGAAGAGCUGAAAAGAGAAGCUCGCGGCAGUGAAAAUAAGACUGACACAGUAUCCUGUUUGAUACGAGCUUGCAAGUGUGUGUCUGUGAAGACCCCGCAUCACCACAGCUUACUUAAAUCUUUGGAAAUGUUUCGUCUAAAAAUGAUUCUGCGAUUAUUACAAAUGUCGUCGUUCAACGGGAAGAUGUCGGCGUUGAAUGAAAUCAAUCAGCUCAUCAGUACAAUAUCUCAGCAGCCAAAACCGGAGUGGCUCACGCCAGCUGUUAUUACGAGUUGGAUAAGGGAGAACAAAGUAGUAGAUAUAGUGUUACGUGAUUCACUGCACCAGCCCCAAUACGUGGAUAGGCUAGAGAAGAUGCUUAGGUUUAUGAUAAAAGAGAACUCGCUGACUAGAGACGACUUGGACGCGAUAUGGAAAGCUCAGCACGGAAAACAUGAGGCUAUCGUGAAGAAUCUUCACGACUUACUCGCCAAACUUGCCUGGGACUUCACUCCCGACCAACUUGACCACCUAUUCGACUGUUUUAAGGCAAGCUGGGCUACAUCUAGUAAGAAACAAAGUGACAAAUUGCUAGAGGUUAUAAGAAGACUCGCAGAAGACGAUAAAGACGGUGUUAUGGCAAAUAAAGUAUUGGUUCUCUUCUGGAACCUAGCGCAUUCAGAUGAGGUUUGCACGGAGAUAAUGGACGUGGCGUUGGCAAAUCUUAUCAAAAUUCUCGAUUAUAGUUGUAGCCAGGAUCGUGAUGCACAGAAAACUCUAUGGUUGGACAAGUGCGUGGAGGAAUUAAAAACGAAUGAAAAGUGGGUGUUGCCAGCGUUGAAGAUGAUGCGCGAGAUCUGCUGCCUGUACGAGGCGGGCGGCGGCGCGAGCAUGCGGCCGCACGUGACGCGCCAGGAGCUCAUUGACCGCCUGCAGACGCAGCACUCGCUCGUCAUACUAGUCACUGACUCGCUCACACACUACAUGGACGGCGUGCGAAAGAAGCUCAUAGAGGAAGGCGAAAUAGAUUGGGAGAAUUGGCUUCCUGACGGCAGAUAUCCACACGCGGCACAAGUCCACGAGCGAUUGAGUUUCCUCAGGUUUCUGCUCAAAGAUGGACAAUUGUGGUUAUGCGCUGAGCAGGCCAAACAGAUAUGGGUGUGCCUCGCGGAGCGGCCGGCGCACCUGGGCGACCGCGAGGCCUGCUUCCGGUGGUUCAGCAAACUGAUGGGCGAAGAACCUGACCUGGACCCCAACAUCAACCUGCAUUUUUUUCGAAGAAACAUUAUGACACUACCUCCGAAUCUAUUAACCCAUGCUGGUAUCAAGUGUUUUGAAAGGUUUUUCAAAGCUGUGAACUCCAAAGAAGGGAAACUAAAAGUAAAACGACGAAGCUUUUUACUUAACGACGCUGAUCUCAUAGGAUUAGAUUAUUUAUGGAGGGUGAUAACGGAGUGCGAGGACGACAUAUCCGCGCGCGGCAUCGAGUUGCUGCGUGAGGUGUGCACGUGUGUGGGCCCGCAGCUGUCGUCGGCGCACCACCACGAGAACUUCCUCACGCAGUGCUGCGCGCGCACGCAGCGCCUGCAGAAGGAUAUGGAGCUGCAGGAAGAUGCCACAGAAAGUUGUACAAGGAUGUGUAGAGUAAUUCGUGCCAUACAGGAAUAUGUAAAUGAAUGUGAUAGAAGAUUCUCAUCAGAGCGACAGAUCCUGCCGAUCUACCGGUCGGGCAGGGGGCGGCAAUGUACAAUAAUAGUCAGAUUCAAUUUUCAAACAGGCCAAAGACAAAUUGAGGACAUUGAACUCUUUUCACACUCCAACGAAACGUUGCAUUCGUUGCGAUCUGCGAUCCAAAGAAGGCUUAAAUGUGCUUCAGAUAGUAAUAUAAAAUUAGAAAUGUUUAUAAAUAAAUUAGAACUGUAUGUAAACGGCGAAUUAUUGGAUUCAAGCCACGAUCGGAAAAUAUUAUCACAAAUUCCCCUGAGAGACAAGACCGUGAUUGUUGCAAAGGUGUACGACGGGCAGGUAUGUGGGAGCGGGGGGUGCGGCUCCUCCAACGAAUCAAGUAGUGACUCCAGCACGUCGUCCCCGCCACUGCCUCCGACGCCCGAACACGCACUGCCUGGCGUUCUGUUUUCUCAAGGGUCCUGGUAUAUUCCCUUCAUAUUGGAUCUAGAACACGUUGGCAUCACAAAAGGGCAUGGUCCACUCACAGAAGCUGCUCAUUUACUCACACAAAUAAGCCCGGCUCAUAAACAGACGAUGGAGAAACUAAGCGAAGCGCUUUUAUGUCGGGAUGAUUCAAAAUUGCGUGAUAUGCUCUACGGUCCUGCGCCGCCUACUGUAGCGUAUAAUGUAGAGGUUUUAUACAGCAUGGUGAUGCCUUCCUCGGACACAAGGUUGGAACGCAGCCGCAGUUUUCAACUCGCCUGCGUUAAGAAAGCCCCACUACUUGUACAAUGCUUAUCGGACAAAGACUUUUUAAAUAAUGCUGCACCUCAUACUAGAAGGGUCGGUUAUUUGGCACUAGUCAGAUUAGCCAAACUGUCUCUAUUUACAUUAGGACAUUUAUUUGAAAUACUCGCUCCCGAUGGUGCAGAAGUGACACUUGACAAGGAUUUUAGAAUGGACGUGACUAUUUUGAGAGAGGCACUUCAAACUGUACCUAAUCACAGCUGUGAGCUAAUAGUUAAAGCUAUUGCUGAGAAGUUGGCAAACGCUUUAGGCGAACAGGUUAUGACGGCGGGCGAAGAGAGUGAAUCCGUGUCAUCGCUUGUAUGGUGGCGCGUUCCGACCGCGGCGACAGUGCGGGCGUUGUACGCGCUGGCGUACUCAGUCGCCCAACCGUCUGAAAUGAGCGGAAUGGUUCAUCCGGAUGACGUCAUACUGGUUCGCGAGUGUAUGGAAGUGGUGACGAUAUGCAUGGCUCUCGGCGGUGGCCACUUAGAAGCCCUGCUCCACGAGUCGUGGUGGCAGGACACUGCUCUCUAUCUGAUGAUUGACUGCCCCAAUCCACAGGUUCGAGUAUCAUGCGCAGAGCAACUGCUAGCGAUGUGUGCAUGGGGUGGCGGGGACGGCGCGCGGGCGGCGCUGGUUGCGUUGGGCGGCGCGGGCGUGGCUGGCGCGGCGGGUGCGGCCGGCGCUGCGGGCGCGGGCUCGCGCGCCGCGGGCGGCCCGCGCCUGCAGCGGCACGCGAGGCACGCGCAGCAGUUCCUGCAGCUGCUAUGCCGCCUCGUCUCGAUUGCCGGACCCACUGCUCGGACUCUCGAUGACUUGGCUGAAGAGGUUGCUUGGUUACGUGCGGUUCGCGCUAAACCGGAGACCUUAGACGAUACUUUACUAGAAGGACAUCUCAACCUCACUAAGGAGCUGUUCACGCAUGUACCGGCGCAGAUCAAAUACCAAUACGGCGCGCAUCCUGAACACAAAGACUCGGGGUUGAUCAAAGAGGUAACGACGGAAUUCUUAUGGCCGUACUCGUGGGCGUGGUGCCGCAUGGGCGAGGGGGAGGGCGAGGGCGACGCGGUGACGGAGCCGCCGGCGCCGCUGUGCCGCUCGGGGGGCGCCGCCGCCGCCGCCACCGAGCUGCUGCUGGCGCUCGUACACGCCUGCGUGCCCAACAUGGCCGCGCUCGCGCACUUGCUCGAUAUCAUGUUCUACUCCGACAAGUGUAUGCCGCUGUCAGAGUGGGAGUACAUGCCGUGCGUGGGCCCGCGGCCGCCGGCGGGCCUGGUGGGGCUGAAGAACGCCGGCGCCACCUGCUACAUGAACUCCGUGCUGCAGCAGCUGUACUGCGUGCGCGCCGUAAGGGACGCGCUGCUCACUGUACAAGGUGCCGCUACAGACCCAAACGAAGAUUUUUCGGGCGAACUUCAACAUCACACGAUCGUGGAAAAUAAUAUUGAGAGUAACAACGAUUACAACAUAAUGAUUUUAAAGCAAGUGCAGGCGAUAUUUGCUCACUUACACUACAGCAAACUCCAGUAUUAUGUUCCUAGAGGCUUGUGGGCGCACUUUAGGCUGCAAGGCGAGCCAGUGAAUCUGCGUGAACAACAAGAUGCAGUAGAGUUUUUCAUGUCAUUGGUGGAAUCUUUGGACGAGGCUCUGAAGUCAUUGGGCCAGGAACAGCUAAUGGCAAAGACUAUGGGUGGAACAUACUCCGACCAGAAGAUUUGCAAAGGCUGUCCUCACAGGUAUUGCAAAGAAGAACCUUUCAGUGUAGUGUCGUUAGACAUCAGGAACAUGUCUCGUUUACAAGAGUCGUUAGAAGCGUACGUGAGGGGGGAACUGUUAGAAGGUGCUGACGCUUAUCAUUGCGAUAAAUGUAACAAAAAGGUGGUAACAGUAAAGAGGUUGUGCCUGAAUAAACUGCCGCCAGUACUAGUCAUUCAACUAAAAAGAUUCGAAUAUGACUUCGAAAAAGUGUGUGCAAUAAAAUUCAACGAUUACUUUGAAUUCCCACGGGAGUUGGACGUGGAACCUUACACAGCGUGGGGUCUAGCGCGAGCAGAGGGCGACGCCACACUAUGGGAGGGCGGCGAGGAGCGCACGCCAGAGACACACUACCAGCUCAGCGGCAUCGUGGUGCACUCAGGACAAGCCUCUGGAGGACAUUACUACUCAUACGUGCUGCUGAGAGACAAUGGCAGCGAGACAGGCCGGUGGGUGAAGCUGGACGACGGCGACGUGUCUGAGUGCGCCAUGCACGACGACGAGGAGAUGAAGGCGCAGUGUUUCGGCGGCGAGUACAUGGGCGAGGUGUUCGAUCCUAUGUUAAAGAGGGUCUCCUACAAGCGGCAGAAGCGAUGGUGGAACGCGUACAUGCUGUUCUACACGAGGAAGGACACCAUUGAAUCUAGUCUCGAAAACGCCAUGAAGAACUUGACGCUCAAGGAAAGUGCCAUACCACGUCCUAUCUGGCAGUCGGUACGUCGCAGCAACAUCGCGUUCUCGCACAACCAGGAUCAGUUCAGUCUGGAGCACUUCAACUUCAUGAAGAAACUUUGUUGCAUGCGGCUACAAUUGUUGCCGGGCUCCCAAAAUGCUGUUUGGGGUCCAGAGCACGAAGAAAUGUCAAUGCUAGCCGUUCAGUUGGCAUCAAAAUUCUUGUUCCAAGUUGGCUUCCACACAAAGAAGACGCUGCGCGGCCCAGCUGCUGACUGGCACGAUAUUCUAUGUCAACACCUAAGGUGCUCACAAGCAGUCAGAGAGUGGUUCGCGAGUGACCUUUUCAAACAUCCACACAGGUUAUGCGACUAUUUAUUGUCGUGUCCAUCAGCUGAAGUUCGAGUGGUGUUCAUGAAAAUCAUCGUCUUCUUAGCGCACUUCUCUAUUCAAGACCCACCAGUGCCAUGUGGUUAUGGGUCGUGGACAUCGCGCGAAGAAGCGCUGUCGCUGUCAGACCAGCUACUGUGCGCGGCGCGAGCACUGGCCGCGCCGCAUCACUCGGACACGCACGCACACAGGCACCUGCCGCUGCUGUUCAACCUAUUCCACGCCUACGCCGCGCUUGGUAUCACCGAGCGACAUCAGCUGCUUAGGUUAAAAAUCCUGGACAUCGUGUUGUCAGUUUGCAUGGACGACACGUCAUCUACAAUUGGCAAAUAUCAGUAUCCUGAAUCUGCCAAAGUUCAUCAGGUGGUAUGCGUACUAGUGCGGUGCUGCGACGUGAGCGCUCGCUGCCAGUCGGCCAACGCGGCUGAGGGCGCGCUGCCGCUGCCCAACCCGUACGCCGACCCGCCGCCGCAGCCGCCCGCCAGCAGCGCCAACCGCCCGCUGCUCUCCACCACCGCCGCCGACAUACUCUACAACCGGAGCGGCACAUACAUGAAAAAACUCACAGAAGAGUGUUGCGGGUGUGAAGAAGGCAUCAGACUGCUUCAGUUCCUGUGCUGGGAGCACGCGGGCUGGUCUCGCAUGGCGUUGGCGGAGUUGCUGUGGCAAAUGGCGUAUGCGUACUGUCACGAACUGCGCCGCCACGCCGACGCGCUCACCGCGCUGCUGCUUAUGGAAGACUCGUGGCAGCAUCACCGCAUUCACAACGUUAUCAAGGGCGUAUCAGAAGAGCGUCCAGGCCUACUGGAGACUGCAGCGCGCGCGCGCGGCCACUACCAGAAGCGCGCGUACGCGUGCGUGAAGCUGGUCGUGGGCGUCAUGUGCCGCGCGCCCGCCGCCGUGCGCGCCGUGCACGCGCAGCCCGACGCGCGCCGCCGCUGGCGCCAGCUGCUGGCCUGGCUGCAGGACGAGCUCGACCGCAAGUAUGGGCCGGGCGGAUACGGCUCGUACGGCACCUGGUCGCCCCCCGGAACAUCCAACGAGACGUCCAGCGGAUACUUCCUCGAGAGAAGCAAUUCGGCCCGGAAAACUCUCGAAAAAGCGUACCAACUAUGUCCCGAAGAAGAAGACGAGGAGGAGGAGCCGCGCGAGGCGGGGUCGGCCGGCGAGGCGGGCGAGGGCUCCGGCUCGGGCGAGGGCGGCGAGGCGGGCUCCGACAGCGGCGACGAGGACGCGCCCGACGACCUGCCGGCCGCGCGCCGCGUGCCGCCGCCGCCGCCCGCUCCCCCCGCGCCGCCGGCGCCGCCCGCGCCCCCCGCACCGCCCACGCCCGGCACCGGGCUCUGAACGCCGUGCCUCUAGUCGCCGGGACGCAUCCGUCGCCGUCCCGCCUCCUAUUUAUUCUAUCGCUCCCGAUAUUGUACAUAGCGUUCGGGCUCGCGGUCACCGCGGUUCGUAGUGAUCUGAACACCGAGCGUCGCCGGAUCUAUGCUUAGCCGUAGUUUUGUUCUGUGAUGUUAACGAUAUGUGUAAAGUUCGUUUACGAGGGCAUUUAUGAUUAAGUAUUACGUCGAAGAUUUUCGUUUUCCGCCCCGUCGGCGACCGCUCUCGCGAUGUUCUUGCAUUCGAAGCGCCGCGUCGUGAAUGUGGCAUCGUCGCGCGAGCGUCGCGUACGUUUUAGUUAUCGCUUUAAAAGUACCAUAGUAUUUAUUUUUCUUAUAAGUUUGUAUUCAUAUUAAGUUUCAAUAGUUAGAUUUAUUUACUAUGUAUACAUAGUAUAUUGAAUGUUUUAAUAUGGUAAGGACGUAAUGUUUUAUUCUUAAUGUUGAAAACUAGCAGCAAUGUCGUAUUAACGCGAUCUCAUAUAUUGCUCCUCAUCGAAAAUGUCACUCGGAUCUAUAUAAAAGCGUAAAGCCAUAACUCGUGAGAACGAUCGUAGCUAUCUUCUGCUUGCCUUCACAUUCCUCGCACUUAUAUUGGUUUACAAAAUAUUGAUUACAGUGCUUAUUAUAUCUGUCUACUAAUUAUUAUAGAGCGACAAGGUUGCGACGCUUAUUGGAGGAGUUUAGACUUAUAUUGUCAGUUUACUGAAUAUUCUAGUAAGCCGAGGCUGGUUGGGAGUUAAAUAUGUAAUGUAGCGGUGUUAUAAAUAUAAAUUAACACGUACGUUUAAUGAAGCGGGAACGAGUGACGAUCAGUUUUUAAUAUAUUUUACUACGUGCAUUUUUAUACAUUUUUUUAUUUGUAGUAUCGAGAAAAUUGGCGUGCAUUAAUAUCACAAUUAGGUUAUCAUCUUAAAUAAAAUGCUAAGAGGGUGCUAUCUAAAGAUUUUUCAAACAGACAAUGAGCUAAACUGUAAAUUAUUCGUAUAAAGUAGAUUGCUUUUACAAUAAACCACAAAUGUGUGCAUGUUCCUUACUGCUACCACACGUGGCUUUGUUAGAGAUCGGCGGUUAUUAACAAUUAACAUUUUAAAUUAUAUUGCCUUAUGAAUUAAUUUCGAUUGUGAUUGUAGGAAUUAUGAGUAUGUUACGUAGAUUUUUCAUAAAUUAUUUUCAAAGAAAACCACUAACAACCUUUAGCUUGGAGUUUAAAAAUUUAAACCAAAUAUUAGAUAUCAAAUUGAAAGUUUUAGUCUGUAAAUGUAUUUUUCUCUUCUGAAUAGGAUGGACGUAAAUAAUAAAACAUGAUGACGCUCGUCAGUAUAAACUUGUAAACCAACUUAACUAUGUCAAGUUCGCGUUUACGAGCGCAAAGAAUUAGUUAUGAUAUGAACGAACAGUUUUACUAAUUUAGGAGAGUAUGUAAUGAAAUCGCGAUUACUGCAAUGCUUGUCAAUUACCUGCUUCGAUUUGUUAUGUUGUUGCUGAAAGUUCCACUUCGCUCAAAUCACUGUAUUGUUCUUGACAACAAACAUCAAUACAAGUCUCAAAAUGCAAAAUGACUGUACAUACAUUCAAUAUAGACAAUGGUUGUGGCCAGAACUUACGAUUUUGGCCUAACGUGACUUGUGUUACAAGGAAUAGAAUUUCAGUUUAUUUGCUAGAUGUUAUGAUGUAAUACAAACUUAGUUUUUAAUACAAUAGAAAUUGUAGAUAUAGGUAUAAACGACUAGUCUUACAGGAAAAUGUUGCCACUGCGUCAAUGUUCUGCUUUGUAAUAUAUGUUAUUUAUUUUUAUAUUUCGUGAACGGUUGUACGAUAUUUUCCUUCGUAGUGGUUAAAUCGCAUCAUCCAGGCUAUCAGGCAGCGCAUACUAAUCAAUGCCAGACCGACUAUAGGAGCUCACUGUACUGCCGCCACUCGCCGACAUCACUAUACACUAUUACUUCCAAGCUUUAACCACCGCUUUACUGUGAGUAUUUAUUAUUCUUCUCUUGUUGUUCUUCUAUUAGUGGUCUCUUGUGUGUAUAGCCUACUAACAAUAAAAACUUGGUCGUGCAGACCGUGUGCCUUAUGUGUUACUUUUGUUUGCUCAAUUCGCUUGCACCUGAUAGUCUGUGCGUUGGACUUUUAAUAAAUUUGUCAUAGAUAACGUUUCAUUUAAGAAUAUAAAAAGCAUUUGAUUUUAAUAUUUAAAAUACAGACGUAAUGCUUGAGAAUGAAUAAGAUGGCACUGUGAACAUUUUUCGAUUAACCGCUGAUUGUUGUUGAGGUUUUUACCAAAGAUGGGGGUUAUUGAUUGAAGGAAAUUGGUGGCCCUUUUCUUAAUAGCUUAAUAAUUGAAAUGUUUUGUAUCUUUUAUAAUAUAAAUGCAAAGUUAAAUGUUUUGUUGAAAGGAAAUGAAAUGUGAUUGAUCUUAGGGUUAGAUAGGUGAAAUAAGGGUGGAACUACGAAAACUACCAAAACACAUUGGAAUAUUGACUUCAUAGUUGCGAGUUUCAAAAGUUGUGUAAAUAUCGAUAUUAUAUAUAACCAGUGAUAUUGUACUUUCGACUUAUAACUACUUGCAAGAAUUGAAACUCGUAAGUGCUUGAUGCAUGUUUUAGUAGAACAGGCACUUGUCUCCGACAAUGUUUGACCGUUUGGACAUUGCCGCAACGUUUGAGGUAUGUGGCAGGAUACACGGUUAAUGUUCAGUGAUUUUGAACACGAAAUACAUCUCAUGCAAUUUUCGUCUGAACAGUGUAAAAUGUCUAAUUGAUAGAUUAUUAUAAGAUCAGUUGAGUUUUGUAUAACAUUUCUAUGGCAAAUAUUUAACGAAUGGCAUUUGACAUUAUACAAGAAUGCUUACCAAAAUAGCAUUCAUACAGAUAUUAUAAUAUUAAAAUCAAGAAAUAAACUCGAAAAUUUU